GCCGGCCAGUGAGCAUGCGGCUUGGGCUGUGUGUGGUGGCCCUGGUUCUGAGCUGGCUGCACCUGGCCGUCGGCAGCCGGGGGAUCAAGGGCAAGAGGCAGAGGCGGAUCAGCGCCGAGGGGAGUCAGGCCUGUGCCAAAGGCUGUGAGCUCUGCUCCGAGGUCAACGGCUGCCUCAAGUGCUCGCCCAAGCUCUUCAUCCUGCUGGAGAGGAACGACAUUCGCCAGGUGGGCGUCUGCUUGCCGUCCUGCCCGCCCGGAUACUUUGACGCCCGCAACCCUGAGAUGAACAAGUGCAUCAAAUGCAAGAUCGAGCACUGCGAGGCCUGCUUCAGCCACAACUUCUGCACCAGGUGUCAGGAGGGCUUGUACUUGCACAAGGGCCGCUGCUAUCCGGCCUGUCCAGAGGGCUCCAUCGCUGUCAACGGCACUACGGAGUGCAGCAGUCCUGCACAAUGUGAAAUGAGCGAGUGGUCCCCUUGGGGCCCUUGCUCCAAAAAGAAGAAGCUCUGUGGUUUCCGGAAGGGCUCUGAGGAGCGGACGCGCAGGGUGCUUCAUGCUCCUGGGGGGGACCACGCCGCCUGCGCUGACACCAAGGAGACCCGGAGGUGCACAGUGCAGAGGACGCCGUGUCCUGAGGGGCAGAAGAGGAGGAAGCAGGGCCAGGGCCGUCGAGAGAAUACCAACAGGAACCUGGCCAGGAAGGAGGGCAAGGAGGGGGGCUCCGGCUCUCGGAGACGCAAGGGGCAGCAGCAGCAGCAGCAGCAGCAGCAGCCUGGGACAGUGGGGCCAUUCACAUCUGUGGGGCCCACAUAGGCUCAGCGUCCAGAUACCAGGCCUGCACAGAGGAGCCCAGAGCUGUUCUGCGUGAUGAAAGCUUUCCAGAACUGGAUCAUCGGAGGCAGUGCACACGUGUGCACGCACGCACACACAAACACACACACACACACACACACCCCUGAGGCCACCAGAAGACGCUUUCAUCCUUUGGCCUGGCGGUACACACUCGGUUUAAGAUGUGCCCCAGUGGACAUGUCAGAACAUUUCCCAGCAUCCAAACCCCAACUUUGCAGAGUGGAACCUUUGGGAGGAGCUGCUGGGAUCGCAUCUGCCAGGAGUGGCGGACAGAGCCAAAGCUGGAGGACCGCAGGGCGACGCCUCCUCCCACCCGGAUCAGCUGUGGGACCUUAUGGUUGGAGACUUAUUGUUACACAGCCAUGAUACCUAUCAGGGCUGACCUGACUGC